CUUCUGGUGGAACUUAAACGCAGCAUCACUGAUGACGUUAUAGAAGGAAGAUAAACAUGGCGUCCGGACAGCAGUGGGUGUUGGUGGAAAUGGUGCAAGCGUUUUAUGAGGCUCCUGCCUAUCACCUGAUCCUGGAGGGCAUCCUCAUCCUGUGGAUCAUCAGACUUCUCUUCUCCAAGACCUACAAGCUUCAUGAGACCUACAGACUGACAGAGAAGGAAAAGGAGGACCUGAUUGAGGAGUGGCAGCCAGAGCCUCUCGUUCCUCCUGUAUCCAAAGACCAUCCCUCCCUCAGUUAUGAUGUUGUCACAGGACCUCCCAGCCACAACAUCAUAAUCAAUGGGAAAGAGUGCAUUAACUUUGCAUCAUUUAACUUCCUGGGUCUCCUCGACAACGAGCGGGUUAAGCAAAAAGCUUUGGCAUCGCUGAAGAAAUAUGGAGUGGGCACAUGUGGUCCAAGGGGCUUCUAUGGAACCUUUGAUGUUCACCUGGAGCUGGAGAGUCGUCUGGCCAACUUCAUGAAGACAGAAGAGGCCAUCAUCUAUUCCUAUGGCUUCGCAACCAUCGCCAGUGCAAUCCCUGCCUACUCCAAGAGGGGCGACAUCAUCUUUGUGGACGAAGCCGCCUGCUUCUCCAUCCAGAAGGGUCUCCAGGCGUCCCGCAGCUUCAUCAAAUACUUCAAACACAACGACAUGGAGGAUCUGGAGAGGCUGCUCAAGGAACAGGAGCUGGAGGACCACAAGAAUCCUCGCAAAGCUCGAGUGACCCGCAAGUUCAUUGUAGUGGAGGGGCUGUACAUCAACACUGCAGACAUCUGUCCUCUCCCAGAACUGCUGAAGCUCAAGUACAAGUACAAGGUGCGGAUCUUCCUGGAGGAGAGCAUGUCUUUUGGUGUGUUGGGAGAACAUGGCCGAGGAGUCACAGAACACUUCGGGGUCAAUAUAGAUGACAUUGAUCUGAUCAGUGCCAACAUGGAGAACGCCGUGGCGUCCAUCGGAGGCUUCUGCUGCGGACGCUCCUUUGUCAUCGACCACCAGCGUCUGUCGGGCCAGGGCUACUGCUUCUCUGCCUCGUUGCCUCCCAUGCUGGCUGCUGCUGCCAUCGAGGCCCUCAACAUCAUGGAGGAGGAUCCAGAUAUAUUCACGGUCCUGAGGGAAAAGUGCAAACGUGUUUACACGGCGUUACAGGGAACUCCGGGUCUGAAGUUAGUAGGAGUGCAGUUUGCCCCGGCGCUACACUUACAGCUGGAGAGAAGUUCGGGCUCCCGAGACUCUGACACGCAGCUGCUCCGCACCAUUGUAGAAUAUUGUAUGGAGAGAGGAGUGGCUCUGACCCUGGCUCGGUACCUGGAGAAAGAGGAGCGUUUCCUCCCCUCCCCCAGUAUCAGGGUGGUGGUCACCAUCGAGCAGACAGACCAGGACAUCCAGAAGGCCGUGUCUUGUAUCCAGGAGGCAGCGUCAGCCAUCCUCAAAUGACUGGCCACCCGGAGCACACAUCCCUGGGGCGUUAGCAGCCGUCCACUCAGGGGGCGGGGUCGGACAGCACUGGGAGGGGACACUCCCGACUCUACGUGUCAUCAUUAUUGUUACUGACAAUUCCACGUUCUAUCUGCCAGCCUGGCCUUUGUUUUUUCUCUUUUAAUUCUCUGCCUCUCUCUUUUGUUCUCAUCCAUCAUGUGUAGGGCUGGGUAUCGUUCUAAAAUAUUCCAUACCGUGACUUUGAUACUGUGUCCUAAAUGAUACUUUGUCCCAUACCAAUUUUAUAAAAAUAAAAUAACAACAUUGCACAUUACGGCACAAAUCUUUGUAUUUAUUUCUCAGCUCCCACUACGUGAGCCCCAUCUCUGUGUAACGUUAGACAGCCAAUCACAGACAUUAUUAGAUCUUGGUAGAAGCAUGCUGCAUGCUGAUUGGCUCACUGAUGCUGAUGAGAUUUACUCCUUAGAUGUUGAAAUUGGGUAUUGAAUGACGAGGCAUUUUUCAAUACUCAAUACUUUAGAGGCAGUUCGUCCGGUGCCUUAAAAGUCCUGAAUUGGGUACCCAGCCUUUAUCAUGUGUCAUAAUCAUACUGUGCGCACUACAUGUUGUACAUUGUUAUGAAUGUAAGAGCAAGCCUCCAGCGGGACUGUCUGCAGCCGACUUCUUGCUGUGAACGAUAAUCCCCCGUCACUAAUAAAGAACCAACUGCAGUGAGAAUCUCCACAGACCAAAUGACCUGUUGCUUUCUAUGCACUGACCAAAGAGGAGAGGCGUUUGCAGUCGACUGGUUCAUGAACUGUACGUGAGGGUUGUGAUUUCUAUGUCACUGAUUGUUUUACCACAAAUACACACCGAGAUUUACACCUGGA